UAAAAAGGCUCUCUACACUGAUAGAGUAGACAGACGAGGAGGCGCCAACGAAUUUGGAUCCAAUUCCAUUUAUCAUCUCAUCCUCAGGUCUCCUAAUCUCCGCUAAUUUCCCAAGGCCACCAAAUCUUUAUCUUCUUCUCCACUUCUCCUUUUCUUUUUCCACUUAGGUGAAAUUUUCAGAAGCUUCUGUGGGCUCUUAAAUUGCGUAGAUUGAUUUUCUUUGGGCUCAGUUUCUUUCUGGAUUUUAAUCGGUACAAAAUUCAUGGAUCGGAUUACUAAGGCCGCACGUCUCAUGAUUGUAUCUGAUCUUGAUCAUACGAUGGUUGAUCAUCAUGAUCCCGAGAACAUGUCUUUACUUAGGUUUAAUGCCCUUUGGGAAUCGAAUUACCGUCAUGACUCUCUGCUGGUUUUUUCCACUGGGAGAUCACCUACACUCUACAAACAGCUGAGGAAAGAGAAACCCAUGCUAACUCCUGAUAUAACUAUUAUGUCAGUGGGAACCGAGAUAACAUAUGGCAGCUCGAUGCUGCCUGAUGAUGGCUGGGUUAAAAUUCUGAAUCAGAAAUGGGAUAGGAACGUAGUCAUUGAAGAAACCAGCAAGUUUCCUGAGCUCACUCUUCAGGCUGAAACAGAGCAGCGACCACACAAGGUUAGCUUUUACGUUGAUAAGACUGAGGCCCAAGUAGUGAUGAAGGAACUUUCUAGUCGUUUGGAAAAGCGAGGGUUGGAUGUUAAACUAAUUUAUAGUGGGGGAAUGGAUUUGGAUGUAUUACCACAAGGUGCUGGCAAAGGACAGGCCCUCUCAUAUUUACUAAAUAAGUUGAAGACUGAGGGAACACUACCUGUUAAUACUCUUGCUUGCGGUGAUUCCGGAAAUGACGCUGAACUCUUCAGCAUUCCAGAUGUGUAUGGAGUCAUGGUCAGCAAUGCCCAAGAAGAAUUGUUGCAAUGGCAUGCCGAAAAUGCAAAAGGUAAUCCUAAUAUAAUCCAUGCAAAAGAAAGGUGUGCAGCUGGAAUAAUAGAAGCCAUUGGACAUUUUAAUCUUGGUUCAAACACUUCUCCAAGAGAUGUUGCUGAUUUUGUGGAAUGUAAGCUAGACCAUGUCAAUCCAGGUUAUGAAGUAGUGAAAUUUUACUUGUUCUAUGAGCGAUGGAGGCGAGGGGAGGCUGCCAACUGCGAGACUUAUAUAGCAAGUCUGAAAGCUUCUUGUCACUCCAUUACUGACAAAGCCAGGGCACGGCAGGAUCCCACUGCUACUUUUGUCUUUCCAACCGGUGUUGAGAAAACUCUUCAUGAAUGCAUAUACGCAAUGAAAGGGUGCUAUGGAGACCAAAAGGGUAAACAGUUCCGAGUCUGGGUGGAUCGUGUAUUGUCCACACCAACUGGCUCGAACACAUGGCUAGUGAAGUUCGAUAAGUGGGAGUUAUCUGGUGAUGAGCGAUGUUGUUGUGUGACCACUGCUAAAAUAAAUGCGAAGGGAUCCGGUGGUGCUUCAGACGGGUACACUUGGGUGAGUGUGCAGCAGAAGUGGUUAGAAGGAUAUGAAAAGAAGGAUACAUCAAUUUGGCUUUUCUAAGGUACUCCGCAACAACAUCGACUCUGGAAUCAGCAUAAAAAAUUCUAUAGGAAUAAAUGUAUCCAAAUUUCAAUAGCUUUACUAUUUUGACAUAUAUUUGAAUAAUUCAUAGGCUACUUAGGAGAUGGCUCUAUAAUUAGAUAAACUGAGAUACAUACCUUGGCUCAUCUCGUGUGUGAUACAUCUUAUUUUUUAUGCUGUCGCAGUGUACAGCAUCUGUGUCAAAAAUUUGCAUUAUCCUUUGGAUUUCAAACCCAAGUGCUUAUUUUGUUAUUACA